UCACAACGUACAUUACAAAUGGCUGAUGGAUCAUUAGUACCUUCAACAGGCGUCUGGACAGGACAGGUCUCAUGGGGACCCUUGCAGUUAGAAGCUUUGUUUGAAGUCUUCCCUAGCAGAGGAUUUUGGCGUAUGUUGAUAGGAAAGCCAUUGCUUGAACAGUCUCAGGCCAUGCAGGACUACGACAACAAUUCCAUCAUGUUCGCAUCUCAAGGAUCACAACACUGA